AAUUUUUUAUCCACGUGGUGGACAUAAAAUUGUUUUCUAUAACCAAACCUUUUCUAACGGUUUGACAAGCACUUUUAUUUCGACCUAAAAUAAUAAAAGCAUGCAAAACAAGGGUUUGAGUUUUAUUUUCAUUAAACUUGCUUAAGGAGAGAAGGGUGACAUAAAUCAAUCAGUUUCUUAUUUGCUGCUGGGGGGACUGACAGGUUUCAGUAACUACAAGCGAUGGCAGUGGCAAAUUUCCCUGCACUUCAGUUUAAAACUUGCGAUAUUUUUCGUUCCACUCCAAAAUGUUUCAAAUUGCUCCCCUUACAAAAGACAAAUCUUUUUGUUAAGACAUUAGUAGUUGAAGCAAAGGCAAAUACCAGAACAGAAAGCGCUAAAAUUAGGAACAGAAGAAUGCUAAAGAAGUUUAAUGGCACCCCAAGAAGACCAAGACUGUCGGUAUUCUGUUCAGAGAAGCAGUUGUAUGCUAUGUUGGUCGAUGACAAAAACAAGAAGUGCUUAUUUUAUGGAAGCACUUUGCAGAAAUCUAUUCGUGACGAUCCCACUUGCACCACCAUUGAUGCUGCUAAACGUGUUGGUGAAGAGCUUGUAAAGACUUGUAUUGAUCUUAACAUAAACGAAAUAUCAUAUUAUGAUCGCAAUGGAUUUGCACGCGGUGAGAGAAUGCAAGCCUUUGAGAUUGCAAUAGCAAACUAUGGUUUCUUGCCUACAUAGAACUUAAUCCAAUUACCUUUUAAACCCUCGGUUUUUAGUAUUAAUUAAUCAAUCAUGUAAUUUGCCAGUGUAGGAUCUGAGAUAGCAAUUUGCAAGAUUUAUCGAAUGUAAAAGCCCUUUAUUAGUUUGAUGCAUUCUUCAAUUGUCUACAACUUUUGUCGUAUUUUUAUGACAAUGUAACAAUCAGAUUCUGCGAUGUCUUGUUUCCCAAGCAUCUGCUGACAUCCAACGUAUUUCACUGAUUUCUCAUUCAAAA